GGUGUUUCGGUUUCGUUCAGGUUUCGCUCAGGUUUCGCUCAGGUUUCGGUUUCGCUCAGGUUUCGGUUUCGUUCAGGUUUCGCUCAGGUUUCGGUUUCGUUCAGGUUUCGCUCAGGUUUCGCUCAGGUUUCGGUUUCGCUCAGGUUUCGGUUUCGUUCAGGUUUCGCUCAGGUUUCGGUUUCGUUCAGGUUUCGCUCAGGUUUCGCUCAGGUUUCGGUUUCGUUCAGGUUUCGCUCAGGUUUCGCUCAGGUUUCGCUCAGGUUUCGCUCAGGUUUCGCUCAGGUUUCGGUUUCGCUCAGGUUUCGGUUUCGUUCAGGUUUCGCUCAGGUUUCGCUCAGGUUUCGCUCAGGUUUCGCUCAGGUUUCGCUCAGGUUUCGGUUUCGCUCAGGUUCGGUUUCGUUCAGGUUUCGCUCAGGUUUCGCUCAGGUUUCGGUUUCGCUCAGGUUUCGGUUUCGUUCAGGUUUCGCUCAGGUUUCGCUCAGGUUUCGGUUUCGCUCAGGUUUCGGUUUCGCUCAGGUUUCGCUCAGGUUUCGCUCAGGUUUCGCUCAGGUUUCGCUCAGGUUUCGGUUUCGCUCAGGUUUCGGUUUCGUUCAGGUUUCGCUCAGGUUUCGCUCAGGUUUCGGUUUCGCUCAGGUUUCGGUUUCGUUCAGGUUUCGCUCAGGUUUCGCUCAGGUUUCGGUUUCGCUCAGGUUUCGGUUUCGUUCAGGUUUCGCUCAGGUUUCGCUCAGGUUUCGGUUUCGCUCAGGUUCGGUUUCGUUCAGGUUUCGCUCAGGUUUCGGUUUCGUUCAGGUUUCGCUCAGGUUUCGCUCAGGUUUCGCUCAGGUUUCGCUCAGGUUUCGGUUUCGCUCAGGUUUCGGUUUCGUUCAGGUUUCGUUCAGGUUUCGCUCAGUUUCGCUCAGGUUUCGCUCAGGUUUCGCUCAGGUUUCGGUUUCGCUCAGGUUUCGGUUUCGUUCAGGUUUCGCUCAGGUUUCGCUCAGGUUUCGCUCAGUUUCGGUUUCGCUCAGGUUUCGGUUUCGUUCAGGUUUCGCUCAGGUUUCGCUCAGGUUUCGGUUUCGCUCAGGUUUCGGUUUCGUUCAGGUUUCGCUCAGGUUUCGCUCAGGUUUCGGUUUCGCUCAGGUUUCGGUUUCGUUCAGGUUUCGCUCAGGUUUCGGUUUCGUUCAGGUUUCGCUCAGGUUUCGCUCAGGUUUCGGUUUCGCUCAGGUUUCGGUUUCGUUCAGGUUUCGCUCAGGUUUCGCUCAGGUUUCGGUUUCGCUCAGGUUCGGUUUCGCUCAGGUUUCGCUCAGGUUUCGCUCAGGUUUCGCUCAGGUUUCGCUCAGGUUUCGGUUUCGCUCAGGUUUCGGUUUCGUUCAGGUUUCGCUCAGGUUUCGCUCAGGUUUCGGUUUUCCUCAGGUUCGGUUUCGUUCGGUUUCGCUAGGUUUUCGUUUCGUCAGUUUUCGCUCAGUUUCGCUCGGUUUCGGUUUCGCUCAGGUUUCGGUUUCGUUCAGGUUUCGCUCAGGUUUCGCCAGGUUUCGGUUUUCGCUCAGGUUUCGGUUUCGCUCAGGUUUCGCUCAGGUUUCGCUCAGGUUUCGCUCAGGUUUCGCUCAGGUUUCGGUUUCGCUCAGGUUUCGGUUUCGUUCAGGUUUCGCUCAGUUCGCUCAGGUUUCGGUUUCGCUCAGGUUUCGGUUUCGUUCAUGUUUCGCUCAGGUUUCGCUCAGGUUUCGUUUCGCUCAGGUUUCGGUUUCGUUCAGGUUUCGCUCAGGUUCGCUCAGGUUUCGGUUUCGCUCAGGUUUCGGUUUCGUUCAGGUUUCGCUCAGGUUUCGGUUUCGUUCAGGUUUCGCUCAGGUUUCGCUCAGGUUUCGCUCAGGUUUCGCUCAGGUUUCGGUUUCGCUCAGGUUCGGUUCGUUCAGGUUUCGUUCAGGUUUCGCUCAGGUUUCGCUCGGUUUCGCUCAGGUUCGCUCAGGUUCGGUUUCGCUCAGGUUUCGGGUUUCGUUCAGGUUUCGCUCAGGUUUCGCUCAGGUUUCGCUCAGGUUCGGUUUCGCUCAGGUUUCGGUUUCGUUCAGGUUUCGCUCAGGUUUCGCUCAGGUUUCGGUUUCGCUCAGGUUUCGGUUUCGUUCAGGUUUCGCUCAGGUUUCGGUUUCAGGGUCCUCAGGUUUCGCUCAGUUUCGCUCAGGUUUCGGUUUCGUUCAGGUUUCGCUCAGGUUUCGCUCAGGUUUCGCUCAGGUUUCGGUUUCGCUCAGGUUUCGGUUCGUUCAGGUUUCGCUCAGGUUUCGCUCAGUUUCGCUCAGGUUCGCUCAGGUUUCGGUUUCGCUCAGGUUUCGGUUUCGUUCAGGUUUCGCUCAGGUUUCGGUUUCGUUCAGGUUUCGGUUCGUCAGGUUUCGCUCAGGUUUCGCUCAGGUUUCGCUCAGGUUUCGGUUUCGCUCAGUUUCGUUUCGCCAGGUUUCGCUCAUUUCGGUUUCGUCCGGUUUCGUCAGGUUUCGCUCAGUUUCGCUCAGGUUUCGCUCAGUUUCGGUUUGCUCAGGUGGUUCGUCAGGUUUCGCUCAGGUUUCGGUUUCGUUCAGUUUCGCUCAGGUUUCGGGUUUCGCUCAGGUUUCGUAGUUUCGGUUUCGUCAGGUUUCUGGUUUCGUUCAGGUUUCGCUCAGUUUUCGGUUCGCUCAGGUUUCGCUCAGGUUCGGUUCGCUCAGGUUUCGGUUUCGUUCAGGUUUCGCUCAGGUUUCGCUCAGUUUCGUCUCAGGUUUCGGUUUCGCUCAGGUUUCGGUUUCGUUCAGGUUUCGCUCAGGUUUCGUCAGGUUUCGGUUUCGCUCAGUUCGGUUUCGUUAAGGUUCGAUCAGGUUUCGCCUCAGGUUUCGCUCAGGUUUCGCUAG